AGCAUGGCCCUCGCCGCGUCCCUGCUGCCACUGCUGCUGCUGUUGGGGCGGCCGGGGCUGGCGGCGCCGGGGCAGGGCGCGGGCACCUGGUCCCGCUUCGCCCGGCUGCCCUACCCGCAGGACCAGCUCUUCCUCCACGACACCUUCCCCGACGGCUUCCUCUGGGGCGCGGGCAGCGCCGCCUACCAGACAGAGGGCGGCUGGCGCCAGGGCGGCAAGGGCGCGUCCGUCUGGGACACCUUCGUUCACCGUCCGGCCACGCCGCCGGGGGCCGCCCCGCCGGGGCCCGUGGGCGGUGACGUGGCCAGCGACAGCUACAACAACCUGUUCCGCGACGUCGAGGGGCUGCGGCGCCUGGGGGUCUCGCACUACCGCUUCUCGCUGUCCUGGGCCCGGCUGCUGCCCAACGGGACGGCGCCGCCCAACCCCGCCGGGCUGGCGCACUACGGGCGGCUGCUGGCCCGCCUGCGGGAGCUGGGCGUCGAGCCCGUGGUCACCCUCUACCACUGGGACCUGCCGCAGGCCCUGCAGGACUCCUUCGGCGGCUGGGCCAGCCCCGUCCUGCCCCGGCUCUUCCGCGACUACGCCGAGCUGUGCUUCCGGCACUUCGGCGGGCAGGUGCGCUACUGGCUGACCAUGGACAACCCCUACGUGGUGGCCUGGCACGGCUACGGCACGGGGCGGCUGCCGCCCGGCGUUCGGGGAGGCCCGCGCCUGGGCUACCUGGCGGCCCACCACCUGCUCCAGGCCCAUGCUAAGGUCUGGCAUCUCUACAAUGACCAUUUUCGUCCAGCUCAAAGAGGAAAAGUGUCCAUUGCCCUUAGCUCCCACUGGAUAAAACCCCAGCGUAUGACUGAAAAGAACACAAAAGAAUGCCAAAAAUCCCUUGAUUUUGUGCUUGGCUGGUUUGCUAAGCCCAUAUUUAUUGAUGGUGACUAUCCAGAGAGCAUGAGGAGCAACCUCUCAUCUCUGUUGCCUGGAUUCAGUGAGGCUGAGAAGAAGUAUAUCAAGGGAACAGCAGACUUCUUUGCUCUUUCUUUUGGAGCUACCCUGAGUUUCCAGCUUUUGGACUCCCACAUGAAAUUCCAGCAGUUGGAAUCAAUAAGCCUGAGGCAGCUCCUUUAUUGGAUAAACAUUGAAUAUAACAACCCCCAAAUAUUCAUUGUGGAGAACAGCUGGUUCGUUUCUGGUACAACCAAGAAAGAUGAUGCCAAAUAUAUUUACUAUCUCAAGAAGUUCAUUAUGGAAACUUUAAAAGCUAUCCGGUACGAUGGAGUUAAUGUGUUUGGCUACACAGUUUGGUCCCUCCUGGAUGGCUUUGAGUGGCAUAGGGGGUACAGCAUUCGACGUGGACUGUUUUAUGUAGAUUUUCAAAGCCAUGACAAGAAGUUGAUGCCCAAAUCUUCUGUCUUGUUCUAUCAAAAGCUGAUAGAAAAAAAUGGCUUCCCACCUUUGCCUGAAAACCAGCCCAUAGAAGGUAUUUUUCCCUGUGGCUUUGCUUGGGGAAUUGUUGACAACUACAUUCAGGUAGACACGACACCCGCCCAGUUCCUUGACCCCAGUGUUUACGUGUGGGAUGUUCACCAGACGAAGAAGCUCAUUAAAGUGGAUGGAGUUUAUGCCUCGAAGCGCAAGCGUCACUGUGUUGACUUUGCUGCUAUCAGGCUCCAGAUCUCUCUUCUGCAAGAAAUGCAUGUCACACACUUCCAUUUUUCACUGAAAUGGUCUUUAAUCCUUCCUUUAGGUAACCUUUCUCUAAUCAACCACACACUUGUACAUUACUAUCAGUGUUUUGCUAGUGAACUUCUCAGGGUUAACAUAACUCCUGUUGUUGCUUUAUGGCAACCUAUGAUUGAGAAUCAAGAGCUUCCAGUUUCUCUUGCCAAAUAUGGAGCUUGGGAAAACACAGAAAUUGUUCAGGCUUUUGUUGAGUAUGCCAGAUUCUGCUUUACCAGUCUUGGAGACCAUGUCAAAUUUUGGAUCACCAUGAAUGAACCAUCUGUGAAAAACCUGACAUACACAGCAGGGCACAACCUGUUGAAAGCCCAUGCAAAAGUCUGGCAUCUUUAUGACAAAGAAUUCAGGAGAUCUCAGAAGGGCAAAAUAUCUAUAGCUUUGCAAGCUGACUGGGUAGAACCAGCUUGUCCCUUUUCCAGGAAUGACCAAGAAGUUGCUGACAGAAUUUUAGAGUUUGACAUUGGCUGGCUUGCAGAGCCCAUCUUUGGGAAUGGAGACUACCCAGAGGUGAUGAGAGCAUGGCUUCACCGAAUAAACAGUGUUGACCUGUAUAAUUUCCACUUGCCUUACUUCUCAGAAGAUGAAAAGAAGUUAAUACAGGGCUCAUUUGAUUUUUUUGCCUUGAGUCACUACACUACUACCCUUGUGGGCUCAGAGAAAGAAGAUGCAGUAAAAUAUGACCACUACCUUGAAGUUCAAAUGAUCAAUGACAUCACGUGGCUUCACUCUCCCAGCAGAGCUGCAGUAGUGCCCUGGGGACUGCGUAAAUUGCUCAAGUGGGUGAAAUCAAAGUAUGGCGAUGUCCCAGUUUAUAUUAUGGCUAAUGGGAUUGACGAUGACCAGAAUAUGGUGCAUGAUAAGCUCAGAGUGUAUUACAUAAAGAAUUACAUCAAUGAAGCUUUAAAAGCUUACACUUUGGAUGACGUUAAUCUUCAAGGAUAUUUCGUCUAUUCUUUUAAUGACAAGACUGCUCCUAAGUAUGGUCUCUACAGCUAUGUUGCAAAUCAAUACGAACCAAAGCCUUCUCUGAAACACUACAGAGAAAUAAUUGGCAAUAAUGGCUUUCCUGGUCCUGAAACUCCUGAGUUGCUAUGUCCAGAAGAGGUUGCCUCAUGUCCCGAAUGCCACUUCUUCCGAACGAGAAAAUCAUUAUUAGCCUUUAUCUCUUUCGUAUUUGUUGCUUUUAUUGUUACUAUAUUCUUCAUUACUUACUACUCCAAGAGGGUAGAAAGAAGGUAUAAAUAG